UGUAGAUCGCGCUUUACACCACACGGCACUCUCGAUUUGACAUCUUUAACAAACGUCAGUACGUUUUCGCAACAAGAAAAAUAAGUUUAUAUUCUACUUAAAUUAAAUAAUAUUUUAAUCAUAAACUGUGAAAAAGUUAAAGUCGUAUUUAGCGACUAAUAUAGAAACUGUGUUGAGUGCAGUGUUAUUUGCAGAAUUAAUUAGUUAAAGUAUACAAUGGCGGAUCCACUAAGUCUGCUACGGCAAUACAAUAUAAACAAAAAGGAAAUUAUCGAACGUGAUAAUCAAAUAAUUUUUGGCGAAUUUUCAUGGCCAAAGAAUGUGAAAACAAACUAUUUAAAAUAUGGUUCCGGCAAAAAAGGGGCACCACGCGAAUAUUACACGUUGGAGUGUUUACUAUAUCUACUUAAAAAUGUUAUGCUGCAACACUCGGUGUAUGUGCGACAAUGUGCUGCCGAAGAUAUACCUGCUGUUAAUCGCCCUGAUCGUAAAGAGUUACUUGCCUACCUUAAUGGUGAGAACUCAACAUGCGGCAGCAUAGAUAAGAGUGCACCACUUGAAAUUCCCACACAAGUCAAACGCCCUGCAGAUGGAGAUGGACCAGGAGGCGAUUCACUCGCAAAGAAGGCGCGCUUCGAAGAGACACAAGUGCAAAAAGUGCGUGAACAACUGGCUGCUCGUUGGGAUGUCAACAAAAAGGAGACCACUGUCAAUAUUGACAAUAUCAAAUCGCUCUCAGAAACGAUGUCCGUGGAGAAAAUUGCCGCCAUCAAAGCAAAGCGUUUGGCCAACAAACGUACAACCAUUAAACGCACCGACAAUGAAGACGCCAUGGCUACAGAUUUGCGUGCCAUACUUGAUUACGAUGUAGACUCAACGAAACAUAUAAUAAGCCGUGAGCGUCAGUGGCGAACGCGUACCACGAUAUUGCAGAGUGCGGGCAAGAUGUUUGCUAAAAAUAUAUUCGCUAUACUACAGGGCAUAAAAGCGCGCGAAGAGGGCCGAAAUAGGCCGGCAGCGCAACAAGCUAUCAAGAUGCCAGAACCGGCACGCAUUGCUAAGCCCCAACCACAGUUAACACAGUACAAUCGCUACGAUCAGGAACGCUUCAAUAGACAAAAAGAAGAAACGGAGGGCUUCAAAAUCGAUACAUUGGGUACUUAUCACGGCAUGUCACUGAAAUCCGUAACUGAAGGUUCUCUUGCUCAACGCAAGGCGAAUAUGGCACCACCAAUGCCUGGUCGCCCAAAGGAACUUUUACCCACAGCUCAAGCUCGUCAAGUGGCACCGUCGGCACAGAAACGUGUCUCACGCACACCCAUCAUUAUAAUACCUUCCGCUAACACCAGCCUAAUCACCAUGUACAAUGCCAAGGAUGUUUUGCAAGACCUGAAAUUUAUCUCAACUGAAGACAAGAAGCGUGCAGGUGGAGCACGAGACAACGAAGUCUUACUGCAACGCAAACGAAACAAUCAAACUGUACCAUAUCGUGUUAUUGAUAACCCGCAAAAGCUUUCUGCUCAAGAUUGGCAACGUGUCGUAGCAGUAUUCGUAAUGGGACCCGCUUGGCAGUUUAAGGGUUGGCCAUGGGACGGCAAUCCUGUGGAAAUUUUUGCCAAAAUUUGUGCUUUUCAUUUGCGCUUUAGCGAAUUGAAACUGGAUACCAACGUUUCGAAGUGGUCUGUGACAUUGCUGAAUCUGUCCCAAAAUAAGCGGCAUUUAGAUCGUGCUGUGUUAAUGACUUUUUGGGAGACUUUGGAUAAAUACAUGGCAAAAAAUAAACCGGACCUCAGAUUUUGAAUGUUAUGUAAAAAGUCUAUCCGCAAAUGCAGUGUUAAUUCCUCUUCCACUACACAAUACAAUUUUCUUUUGUGGAAGAAUUUACAAGACUUGCUUUUUUGGAUGGCUUCAAUAUACAGAAAUAACAUAUAUUAGCUAGUAGUGAAACUAUUUUAUAAUAACCUCGAAAAUAUUGCGUAUUAUCAGCUUCGGCUACUUGUAAACAACAUUGCUGCUCUCUUCAGUGCACAACAUGCCGACAUGAUUGAAUUGUUAACAGUACGCUUCGUUAGAAUAUACAUACAUAUAUAUUUGAACUUAAAAGUCAUCGAAGACAAAAAUAUUUGACUUAAUGCAAGAAAACGCCUAGUACGCAAAUAUCCUGCAAAAUAUAUAAUGUUUGCGUAUGUUUAAUGCAAACCAGGAAAAGGAAAAUU